UACAUAAUUGAAUGGGCACGUAAAUUGUCUUGUGAAAGAUGUUUUGAGAUUUCAUCAUAUUAUUACAGACAAAGUGAAUAUCCUUGCAUAAAUAUCAAUUCCAAGAUGUUACCUAUAACGACAAUGAUAAGGAGGACCGGGGCUCUUCAACGAACUUCACAGAGACUUCAGCAGUGUGUUGUUACCCAAAAUGCAAGGUGUGUUUCAAGUGGUGCAGUGAACACAGUUAUCCUGUUUGUACCUCAGCAGGAAGCAUGGGUAGUGGAGCGGAUGGGCAGGUUCCACAAAACUCUUCAACCUGGUUUAAAUCUACUGAUUCCAGUGCUUGACAAGAUCAAGUAUGUUCAGAGUUUGAAAGAAAUUGCUAUUGACAUUCCAGAGCAAAGUGCGGUGACUCAUGAUAAUGUGACACUAAGGAUAGAUGGAGUUCUGUAUCUCAGAGUCAUAGAUGCAUACAAGGCCAGCUAUGGUGUUGAGGAUCCUGAGUAUGCCGUCACACAGCUAGCACAGACAACAAUGAGAUCAGAGAUUGGUAAAAUAUCUCUUGAUCAUGUCUUCAAGGAAAGAGAAUCUCUAAACAUCAACAUAGUGGAGGCUAUCAACAAUGCAGCCAUGGAACCAUGGGGGAUCAAGUGUCUUAGGUAUGAAAUCAAAGACAUUGAACUCCCUUCCAAAGUCAAGGAAGCUAUGCAGAUGCAAGUUGAAGCAGAAAGACGCAAAAGAGCUGUUGUGUUAGAAUCAGAAGGUAUACGAGAGUACGAGAUCAACGUAGCAGAGGGUAAGAAGAAUGCCACCAUCCUGGCUUCAGAAGCCAUUAAGAGAGAAGAGAUUAACAGAGCUGAAGGAGAGGCAGCAGCUGUUAUAGCCAAGGCCAAAGCUAGAGCAGAAGCCCUCACAAAGAUAUCACAAGCCAUGAGUGCAAAGGAUGGUCCAAAUGCAGCCAAUCUAGUGGUAGCAGAGCAGUAUGUAGCAGCCUUUAGUAAACUAGCCAAGACCUCUAAUACCAUAGUUCUUCCAUCAAAUACUGGUGACAUCAGCAGCAUGGUCGGCCAGGCAAUGGCCAUCUACGGCAAUCUAGCCAACCACCAGAAGCAGCUUGAUGCCGCCGAACCGGAGGAUCCCGACUCCGCCAUCCCCACGGAGGAGAUCCAUCCCACCCAGGAGAUAGACAGAUUCCAGUUGACAGGGAAGAAAACAUCAGUUGCCGGGGACGACACCCUAAAAUCGCGACUCAGUCUGGGAAAUUCAAACGAAGAAGAUAAAAAGUCAUAGCAGCGUUUGAGUGAAGAUUGACAAUGAAUGGACUUGAACUUUUGUCAAGAUUGUUUUUCAACCUCUGCUUAAUGUCAGAAGAUGGAUAUGAAGAUACAGUAUGACUGCCUAUCACUAAGCCAUGAUGUAAAUGUAGUCAUAACAAAGAAGAAAGAACAUGAUCAUAAGAUGAUGACUUAAGGCCUGGUCACACUGCCCGAGCAUUGUUGGAGUGGUCAUGGAGCGGUAGGGAGAGGGGGUCGAAUUUCUCUCACAAAAUUGGGGAAUAAAUCGAUAACAAAAAUCGAGAACAAAAAAAAAACAAUCAAAAUCGAAAAUGUGAAUGGUAGCAAGCGGUGAUA